AUGGUUUCAAAUAGAAGUCUUAGUGCUCCUCCCGGUGGUGGUAGCCUUGCCAAUGAUAGUAAUCACUUUGGUUAUCGCUGGGGAGAGCUGAGUGUCGGAGGAUUUUCUCCGUCACCUCCGCCAUCUAACCCCUGGCCCAAUAGACCGCAGACGUUUUCCAGGUAUGAGAGUUCCGCCGACUGGAGAAAGAGCCCCUCAUAUGGUGGAAAUCGCCACGGAGCCUACUUUCGCCGCAAUCGCGGUGGCGCCUAUGGACGUGUAAGUCAUGAGUUUAAUCGAGGUUAUUCCAGUCGUAGUGCCAGUGCUUUAGAAGAGCAAGAUCUCCCCUUUCCGCCACAGGGAAGGAAUGGGAGAUUCAACGCUCAUCGUAGUUCCUCCACGCCAGUUUGGUCUCAGGGGCCCUCGUACCCAACAUACCAGACUCCAAGCCCUCGCUACAAUGGGCGCCGCUCUGGAAGCAGCAGCUCGGUUUCCAAUUCCGCCAAAGGCAAAGCUGAAAUACCGCUUCUUCUUGCAUCGGCGUUCUCAGAAAAACAGACCACACGAGUUCGUGCUUCAUUAGAAAGCAGUAGUACAUUUUCGCAGGCCGGAAUUAGGCUAAAACUACUUGAAUACUUGGGGUAUUGGAUGAGUGAUGUCUUAACUGGUGCGGCGGUUGAAAAACUGAUUAUGGAGACAUAUCGCGAAGCUGACCUCAAGGAUACUCAUACCUCAGUAGGGGAGAGAAAAAAGUAUUCUUUCAGUGAAGUUUCUAAUGUGAUGAAUACUGGGAAGAUUGCAGGAGAUCGCCAUGUACAGGAAGGCGAAAAAGUGAACGGUUCCAACCGGGCAACAUCACAUUUAUUGUCACCAUCAUCCUCAUUCUCCUCAUUGUCGCUGAGUUCCGUGUCAUUCCAUCGAUCCGAGUCUAAGAACACGUCUGAAGGGGCGGCGGUAAGACGAGAGCAAGAAACACAGGGCAAAUGGGAGAGAGGGACGGGAACGCACUUUAGGAGAGACAGUGGGACGGAUGCAAGUUCAAACACUCCUGAAGGUCUAGUUUUUUCUUUGGUCCGUUCUUGCGGUGUGGAAUCGAUGGCAACGAAACAAGUUUUUUUAACUGACGAGCCGAAAAUCUUGCCUCAACAGACAGCAGUCUUGCAAACUUCUUCUUUAAUUCAGGCAACGUAUAGUCAUGUUCCACGCUUUUAUUUUCCAAAGGGAGCGCAAAAAACAACGGAAGAGACACUUGUUGGGCCAAUGAAGAAGAAGCAUGAGAAUCCACAUCUAAGGGUACUGGAGGGGAUGGUGAUUCCAACUGCUGUCCACACAAAUUCUGAGGAGCGAGCCGCCGUCAUGAGCGAUGAUGUGUUCAAAAGGCAUGAGGUCAAAAAAGUCCCAAUAGCUCCACUGAAGGCGGUGGAAGAUAAGUGCGUUCAUAUGAUUAUUCAAAAGGAAUUUGGUCGUCUUCCAGUGCCACCCAAAAUUAUUCACGGCACACGCCCUCAGAGUUCAGCUGCAAAAGGAUUUAUAGGGCUCAAUAAUGGCAUGCAGACAAGACAAGGAUUGAACUACAGGAUACAAGUAACUCAGGCGAUGAAGCGCAUUUGUACGCAGUGCUUUGGUCUUCCAAAGUAUUUUGCCUUUCUCAUAGUAAGGAUUCUUCAGGCAAACGUGGAUUUCGGGAAUUCAGGGGUGGUAAAGUCUGGAAGAAGUAGUUCCACCAUGGCAUUAUCUUCUCCAGCCACGGGGUCACCCUCCGCUUCUCAGACAGAAGUCAUGGUAAGGCAGCUACUGGAUUUCUUUGAAACGUAUUUGCGUGGUCGUUGCAUUGUUCGACGUGUGUUUGAAGUAUUACUUCUUAGUUCUCGUGUUGCCACAAGUGGAUCAGAGACAUCUACGAGGAUUGGUAAUGAUUGGAGGUUGGUGUAUGAUGGAGAAAAACAACAACAGAGGUCAUAUUUACUACCAGAUGACUUUCGUGCUUAUAUUGAGGUUCUAUUGGAACAUCAUCCGGGUCUCCUUUUUUUGAAACAGACUCCCGAUUUUCAAUCCAAAUAUUUAGAGACGGUCACCCAUCGCAUUUUUUAUGACCUUGAUCGCUUUAAUCGUGGUCGUAUUACUUAUGCUGAAAUGGAACGUUCUUCAUUUUUAGACUCCAUUCGACAAGUGGAUGCAACAAAUGAUAUCAAUUCCGUUUUGCUUUACUUUUCUUACGAACACUUCUACGUACUGUACUGUCGGUUUUGGGAGCUUGAUAAAGACCGGGACAUGUUGCUCUCCCGCCGGGAAUUUAUGAAUUAUGCUCCAGAGGGUGUGAUGAACCCCAUCAUCGCCGAUCGCGUUUUUACUGGUGCAGGUCGUCGAAAAGCAUGCACGCAAAAGGAUCGAAUUAAUUACGAAGACUUUGUUUGGUUUUGCCUCUCUGAGGAGGAUAAGUCAACACCCACAGCGAUACGGUACUGGUUUCGUAUUCUUGAUCUUGACGGAGAUGGAUUACUUUCUGCGUAUGAGCUGCGGAGUUUUUACGAUGAGAUGAAAAAAACGGUGACAUCCUACGCCCCGGAUGGGGCUGUGCCAUUCGAGGAUAUUCUCUGUCAGAUAUUUGAUAUGUUUGGCCUAGAAACGUCAUGCAGUCUUAGACUUGAAGAAUUUUUGGCGAAACCUGAGGCGGCGGCUGUGACUUUUAACAUGGUUACAAAUGUGGUACGCUUUUUACAGUUUGAACAGAAGGAUCCUUUUGUCACGCACCAGAAUCGUCUGGAGGGUGGAUUGGAACAGUCCGCUUGGGAUCGUUUUGCACGUGCCGAAUACGGCCGUUUGUCUAAUGCGAUGAGAAAAGAAUGA